AUGGCAUCUCCUCCCCCUUCCCCUUCGGAUCAGGCUCGCACUCCAGAGCUUACUGAUGAGGACGUCUCCUCAUCAUCUUCAGGCGAUGAUCACACCGCCGCCCUGAGUCGCCGUCAACGCCGGCCCCUCCCACCGUUACCUCACCAGGUUGCGACCCCUCGUCCGCUAAAAUCUCCUACUGCCGACUCUCCCUCCUUCCCCUUCCCUGCAUUCGACUCGGCCGAAACCUCCCCCUCUUCUUUUCUCCCCGCCACCGACGACUCCACUCCUUCUCACUUUGCUAGGGCUCCUAAGCAGUCCUCUCAUAACAGCAGGGCUGUAUCCUGGAUGAGAAUGCAAGUCGAUGCUAUCCAGGCCCUCAAGCAUCCCCGUAUCCUCUCCCUCUUGCUCUCUUACCUCUCAUGGCCCGAGUUCUACGCUCUCAUAUGCACAACCACAAAACUCAGGGGUCUCUGGGACUAUCCUGAACUCAGAGACGUAAUUAUGUGCGCCUUUGUCCCAGGAUUUCAGUUUGCUCUCCACCAACGGGAUCUGUCUCGCUUCCGAGACGUCGAUAUCACUCUGCAGGACCUGGACUUACUACUGAUUUCGCAACGUGUUCCUCUUCAUCGAUACCCUAUGCACGCUCUUCACGCCCUCUCUUCAUCCCCCGAGUCAAGUGCGGACACUACUGUGACUCGGCGCAUCUCAGACAAGCUUGCUGUACUCGCCAAUACCCAUUCCCGAUUUGUCCUUCUGCUCCAAUCGCUGGUCCAUAGCUCAUCGCUCCCGACCCCUGCUGAACCACCGGCCUUCACACCGCGAUCGCAAUCUGUUUCGCAAAGCACCGGUACCGGGAGCUCACUGCCUCAUGGACUGCGUGAACUCACCUUUCCAGCGCCUCUGUCGGAAUCCGUCCCUGACGGCGACAGUACGGCUGUCAAUGGCAGCACGAACGUUUUACCCCUGGCGUCUUUGUCUCUGACACAUACGCGCGCAACAUCGUUAUCGCCUGCCAAGAAGACGCUCAAUCGGAACGGCAAGACGUCUGCUGCCUCGCCAUCACCCGCUGGCGGAACCUUUGCUCAGGGGUCGAUGUACUCGCUGGCCAAUGGCAACAGCUUAUCGGGAUCGCCAAGACCCGCGAUGGCUUCUCCGAGAUCGGACAACUCGGGCGCUUCUACUCAGGUACCAUCCCCCACGAAAGGCAGGCGCAUGUCCAUGUUUGGUUCCAACGCCAGGUCGCCGCCUCCCGCCCCUGCCGAACCCCGAUUGCUGCGGUACUACGGCGAGAGCUGGAGGCGGUCAGCCAAACCAUCCUUAGCACUGAGCCCACCGCCGACAAAACUCCGGAUGUCCACUCGAAGCCCACUUUCACGAGCCGGUGGUUUCUCCUCGCAGGACGAUUUUUCGUUUACAAAGCCCUUCGCCCAGGACGACCGGCGCGCCGCGUCUGUGGAUUCAGACAGUGACGCUGGAAGCGGCACCUCCUCGCCAUCCUUCUCCCGGCAGUCGACCGUCGGUGACGUCACCCAUGCGCCCAGCAAUGACACCAGCUCCCACUCCAGCCCGCCAGCCUCGGGUUUGGGCUUCAACCCGAACGAGCCAACGAGCAACCCGCACGACCUCACGCUUGCGAUCUCCCGUGCGCGCGCACCCGUCCUGCGCGUGUUCGUUCCCGCGGGCGUGCUCAGCCCCGCCGUGCUAAACGCGUGCGAGGCGCAGCUCGUCCAGGGAGGCCUGUGGUCACACCUCUCGACUGGUGAUGUUGUUUGCAACCUCGGAUAUGUGCCUGGUGUCGGAGCGAACUCGCGGCCCUCCACGCGCAGUGGCGAGUCACCGUCGCCGCCUGGAGGACCCGCGAGCGCGGACGCGACGUCGAACCAGACGUGGCUCGUGUUCGACGGCACGCAGCUCGUGCCGUACAUUCCGCCCGCGCCUCCACCUGUCGCGGACCCGCUCAGCUUGCCGUCGCCGUUUUAUUACACCCACUUGCUGCCUUCGGGCACGAAUCCGCAGUGGGAGUUUGGGGCGAUUGGCGGUGCCGGUCCUGACGCUAAUGGUCCUGCGGAGGGUCCGGACCUGCGGCUCAGUGUCGCAGGCGUUCCGCUGGCAGCCGCUGGAUCUGGGUCUGGAUCUGGGGAGCCCGAGCUGACGCUCACGCAGACGACGAUGCGCGUGCGCAGCCCGCACUCGCUCGGCGGGUACGCGAUGGUGAAGAAGUGGGUGUGGAUUGCGCGCUCGUGGAUUGGCGUCGGCGUUGGCGUUCGGAGUGUUGCUGCGACGGAGGCGAUGGGUUCCGGGUGGCGCGGUGAGUGGGUGCUCGAGGGCGAGGGCACGAAAGAGGGGAGGGGUGUGUUGCUUAAAUGUCUGAAAGGCGAGGAGGCAGGCGAGCAGCGGUAUGUGUGGGAGAUGGUUAAGGAGAGGAGUGGAGGUGGGAAGUUGAGGAUGAGAUUGAUGAAGGUUAUCACGCCUACAAUUAGCGGCACUGCUAGCUCCGCGGUUGUUUAAGUGCCCCGUAAGCUGCAUCGUCCCGCAAUGACUCAUUGAAGGACACAACUAGCCCAUGCUGUUGUAUUUAUUCUUCAUUGCACCGCUGAACGCUGGACUAGACUUCUUCUGAACAUUCACAUAGUUACAUUCUUUACUUACCUGGCUUUCAACUUUUCUGCUUGACGCAUCGUCCGUACAUAUAUUCUCUUACUAGGAUGCUCCACCUCAGCGCAGUCUGCGGACCUCCUUCACCUCUUAUCCUUCUUUAGUUCCACGACUCCCCCCUCCCCGCCAUCCCGUACCACCCGCCCCUUGGAUAAUCACAUCAUCGCCGCUGCAUCAUUCCCUUUAUCUAACCCGUCACACUCCUCACCUACAGGCUUAUGCACCCGCACCCACCAAGAUCCCGCCACGCACAAUAAAUUGCACGCACCCCUCCCUCGGUAUCCUUACUCCCGUGUAUCUGUAUCUCAGAACUCAGUCUCAGACCCGGCUCACCAACAAGGACUCUACCUACCUAUACGGACGGACGUACAUGCCUGAUCAAUCCACGUACUUAUACUUAC